GACAUUUAGAUGUCGUGACGUAUUUGGGGGUUUGCGUCUCACCACUAGCGUUAUAUUCUGUGUUGUGAAGAUGUCUAACAGGAGGAAGCUAACAUAGCUUCCAUCAAACAACAAACCCAAAAACAUUGUUCUGUUAAAUGAAGAAAGGCAGAAGACAUGGAUGUCGUAAAUAGGGCAACAGGUGGACUGGGAGCCAGCCAUGAGGGUGUGACUGCAGAGAGUGACCCAGAGCCCAGGGUCCCGUCUGAGGAUUCCCCUAAGUCCUCUGCUGCAGCGGCUGCAUCCGAGAGCUACACCCAUGUGGACACUCCCCGAGAGAACUCGCAAUGCAGCAUCCCCAAAGAAGCAGCGCCUUUCCUGGGGGACCCCAAAGAAGCAGCGCCUUUCCUGGGGGACCCCAAAGAAGCAGCAAGUGCACCACACCUCCCAGACACAGUCAAGCUGAUUAAUAGUCCUUCCACUGAGCUGGCUGCCACCAAGGGUACAACACCUGAACCCGCAAACCAAGAGGAGGAUGGCAGCACCUUACCCCCCAAAGGGAAGUCGCAAGAUUCCAAGGCUGCUUUUGGCAUUAAGAAAGAUACAAAGGCGACUGCCACCACCACAGGUGGAAAGAGGAGUAUUCCCCUGAAAAGGGAUCGAAUGGACCCGCUGAAGUUAGACAUGACGAAGCCAACAGCUAUGCCUCUCACUUCGUCCCAACAGUCUCUGCAGUGUAUUGAAUGUCACAUCAUUUUCAGUGACGACAAGAGCAAGCAGCGGCACCUGAAGAUGAGCCACCCGGCGGAGUAUGAGCAGUGCAUGCUGGGAGAUUCGUUGUUUGCCUGCUACGUCUGUGACCGUCAUUUUGCAAACUCCAUAGAUCUCAUGGCCCACCAGCGAACGCACACAGAAAAACAGCCCUUUAAGUGUCUACUCUGCGGGGAGGCGUUCAAGAGAUCUUCGGAACUCACUACGCACAAGAAAGUCCACUGUAGCAGCCAGGGGUACAAAUGCAUUGACUGCGGCAAACUUUGUAAGACCCUGACUCUGCUUAAGUAUCACAGCCGCACACACACCGGGGAGAAACCAUAUGUGUGUAAAGAGUGUGGCAAGAGGUUCAGUAUGCCAAAAGCACUGCAGAGACAUCUAGAGAGUCACACACAGGAUGAAGGGGAUGAAAACGGUGAUGGGACAAAUGCCGCCGCAAAAUCAAAGAAACAGAAGAGCAACGCCCCGACAGAAAGGAAAUACUCGUGUCCACAGUGCAAAGCUAUGUUUAAGACUGAGAGGACACUGCUUCACCAUAUGAAGAACAAACAUGCGCAGAACAAAAACGUGCCGCCCAGCCGUGCUCUUGUCACGCAGCACCUCCUCAAUCAAGGGCCCCCUCUACUGACCCAGGCAGCACUAGAUCAACCACACGUACUUCGGUUCGACUCGGGUGGGCAGGCGCCGCAAUGCAUCGAGCCAGAGCAAAUCAAGAGGCUAAUAGAGUCACUUGGAAAUGUCCAAAAGGUGAAUCAGCUGGUCAUAUAUGGAUUAGAGCCCGUGUCAUUUCAGUCACAGACCAUGAAUCUGCAGCCAGUGCCAGGGGUCAUGCAACCGAUCAGAUUCGACAUGACGCAGACGGUGCCUUCUGUGGAGUUCAAGCUGGUGACGGAAGAGGCUAAGUCAUUAGAUUCAGAGCACGCUAAUCAACAGGUUGAAUCCACAGCAGCAGAAUUAAAUGGAGGACACAGAGACACCAAUGACCAUUCGUCAGUUGAGAGAACAACUCAAUCAGUGAGACAAAUGCGAGACCAUACAGGGACUAUCGAUUCAGAGACCCUUCAGUCUCGUCCAGUGGAGCUUGAGCGGAUUUCUUUUGGUACUGAAAAAACAGCGACAGUGGAAGAACCUUCUUCAGUGGAGGAAACAAUAGUGAGGGAAUCCAUUCCGUUCCGUGAUGUUGAAGAAAUGAGAUGUGAAACCAAAACCGUUGAGACUAUACAAGAGAACGGACACAUUCAGAUUCUUGAAUUCUUGCAACAGUCAUCCACCCUGAUUCCAACCAAUGAGCUUGAAAAUGAAAACGGACAUAUGGUGUCCCUCCAGGAAGAAGUGGUACAAAUGCAAUAUAUGAUCCCAAGUGACACACUUUCGCUGGGAGCCACGGGAGGUUUACAACAGACUGAGGAACAAGUUGUCACUUUGACACCAUUGGAAACACAGAUUGUCACUUUGACAUCAAUUGACAGAAAAGAAGAAUCAAAGAAAAAUGUUGGCAAUGUCAGUGAACAGGAUGUUGGACUGCCACAUCUGGAAACGUCUGAUGAACCAAAGGACUGUAUAGAUCAAACAGAAUUAAACAAAAGUCAGUUUAGCUCAGAGGCACACUUCAGUGAGGAUAUAUCAGUUCACCCACAGCCAUCUUUACAUGAAUCAGACACAGCAGAAGUAGUUGCAGGCAAUAAUGAACCUCAUAGUCAAGAGACCACAAAGUUGGCUGAAGCAUUGAAGCUAAAGAAGGGAAGUCGUGCGAAGAAAACAAGUAAGAAGGAAAAAGCCAAGAGGCAAAUUUCGGAUUUGAAACAAAAAAUUGAGCAUGAUGUUACAGUUCAUAUUUCACAGCAGAAAGUAUUGGCACCACAUCCUUCAUCACAGUUAAUGACAACUGCAACCCAACACUCAAGAACAAAAGGUCAUAUUCUGGUGCAGUUUGGUCUUGGAAACAAAAAAGAAAAAGUCUCCAAAACAGCGGGGGCCUCUAAAAGAUCAAAAAAGAGAGAUGACGGUGAACUGCAAGAGGAGGGUGAGUCCCAACAGAAGAAGAAGGGAGAAGAUAGAAAAGGUAAAACGAACACAUCUGAAAACAAAACUCUAACAGCGAUACUUAACAAACCACAGAAUCAAGAGCAACACGUUUUGCAGAAAGAAGAGGCAAAAGAGGCAAAACUCAAGUCUAGGAAAAGAAAAUUUAAAAUACACAAAAGUACUAGUAAGAGUCUGACGGAGAUAGAGGUAAUUUCAUCACCUCUGCCUAAGAAGAAGAAACAGGAAAAAGUAAAGAAACCAAAGCCCCUUAUAAAGACUUCAAAGAAAAAGGUCACGAAGAAGAAAACCUUAAAACUGAAACAGAAAGAGAAAGAAGAAACCCCUCUUGCUAUAUCCCCAGAUCAAGUCAAGGCAGAAGCCAUGCUUUUGCUGAAGGGACACAAACAGCCACAACUGAAAGUUCACAAACUGGAUGAUCCAAAAACCUUGUCACAGCUAGAACUAGUGCCUGCAUGUCCAUCUACAAUUGCUUGCAAUGAGGAAACUAACCCAACUCCAAUGAAAGAAACCGAACAUCACAAAAACAAAUCAACCAAGGCAAAAAAACAACCACGGCCGAUCCAGGCAUGUGUAGAAUCCUCUUCACCUAAUCUUAAGGGCACAUCUAUGCGUAAAAAGGUAAAAGCAGGUCGAAAAAGGAAGACCCCAAAAGCUGAUGGAGAGAUGAUGCCAACAUCCCCUUCCCUGACGUGUGAUUGUGGGGUGAAAUUCUCAGAGGUGUUAGCCUUACAGGAGCAUGUGGCAGCUGUCCAUUCUGGUCAUACCCAGGGUUGCUAUGAUUAUUCUAAUGGCACCCUGUCUGAGGAUCAUGUCAAGACCUCUGUAUCAAGUGAAGUGCUACCCAAUAAUUCUUCCAAAACGCUCGGAUUACCGGUAACAGCAGACUGGGAUGCUGAAAUAGAGAUGGGGGAGUUAGGUCUGGGGGACAGAGAAGACCAAAGAGUGUCUUUUCCAGCUCUCAACCCUUCUCCCUCUCUACCCCAUGCACCUACAUUAGUGGAAGGUGAAUAUGAGGAGGUACAAAAAGAUGCCAACAGUGUCACCACAGAGAAAUGUUUGGAAGUGGUAUCCUCUGGUUCUAAAAGAGGUAAGCAGCCAAAGAUGGUUUCCUGUCAAAAAGAUCCUCCAGUGUCUCAGACACUCGCUACAUGUUUGUCAACUCAGGUCACCACCCCUGAGGUCCAAAACGUGUCAGCCUUUUCACCACUUCCAGGCAAGUAUCAGAAAGGAAAAGGCAAGGAAGGCCUUUUGGAGGCUAAUGAGAAGAUUUCAGAGAUACAGGCUGAUGCCAUGAAGACCAUUCAUGAGUCGGAUAAGGCUGUAGAGGAAGACGUGAAAGAAGAGUUGCCUCUAGAUGUUAAUUUAGUUACCGUUCAAGAUGAAAAUCAACCCAUUUCCUCUCAGGAUGAUGACACACCGGAAAGCUCUCAAAACGAUUGUCAGAUGGCCAGUGAAAUACAAGUGAUGUCAAGCCAUGAAAACGUCCAUGAGUCCAACCUUGAAUGUCUUUCACAUACGAUGAAUCUUAAGCCCGUGGUGGACUUGAAUUCAACCGUAACUACGGCAAUAAAAGAUUCAUCCUCAAACAUUCCAGAGAUCAAACAGGAGGAUGUAGAAAUGACAGUACACACGGAAGAGAGAAAAAGUGGACCGAACAGGAAUAAUAUGACGAGAGGUAGAAAAAGGGGAGCGGGAAGGGGGAGACGAGGCACCAGCAAAAAGAGGAACAUGGGAAGCAGAACAGGAGUCGGACGGAAGUCUCUGAAUGAUGAUCCAGAUGAAUGCCAGAUAGUCUACCAGCUCUAUCCAGUGGCCGCGGACUCUGAAGUCAAAUCGCUGGAGGGGAAUGUGCCACAGGCUUGCCCUAAUCCUCCAAGGGGUGUCUUGACAGAAUCACAAGAGGAUUCCUCUGAGGAGCAGGUGGUGUUUGAACUGGAGUCGGUCACUACAAGUGUUGUUGAUAUGGUGAAAUCAGAAGGGGAACUUGACAGGGAAUCACAGGGAAGCUCGCCAGGCAUUAUCCUAGAAAAGUUUCUCACAUCGCGAGGGAGCGGGAGCAGAGAAUCAGCAGACAUUUCUAACCAGGUGGUGGGCGCCUCUACGAAUGUAUCAAGCAAUGGGACCAGUACAGACCACAGGACCACCACAUUGCCUUCACGCGGGACCUCAGGGCUGUUGAAUAUUAAAGAAGAGGACCUGUCACAGCCUGUGAUGCCACCGGUGCUUUCCCCAGAUGGAGAUGGUGCCAGGGGUCCUCUCAUAAAUCGCUCCCUUUAUAAUGAGCAGGGUGUGCAGAUGUUCGUGGUGAAGGAGGAGGACCCUCUCAUUUUGAACGAACCCCACACUGUACAACAGCCCAGCAAUGGCAAAAGGAGGGACGGUCAUCUCUCUGCUAGCAAUGUUGCAGAAGCAGACCCACCAGUGGAAUGUAAUAUGGGGGAAAGGAGCGUGUGUAGAGAUGAGCUUGAGACGGUUACUUCUACAGUACCUCGACCCACUGCCAAGCAGUGCAUUUUCUUUCCAGUAAAAGAAGAGGAGAGAGAAUUGCGGCUGGAUCCUUCACCCAGAGCUGAAAAUCUGAGCAACUCUGGAGUCGAAGAACAUGAUGACAUUUGUGAGAUAUCAACCCAACAUGAAACACCAUGUGUGGACAGUGCCUUGGCUGAAGAAGGUGAUAUGGGAGUUGAGCAACACAACACUGAAGACCUUGUAGAAUUCCUUUUGAAGAGGCCAGAGACAGAAGACAGUGGAGGCAUUGAUUCAGAACCAGAAGCAGAAACUCUUGCCAUGUCCUGUUACCAUGGUAGCAGAAGCAGUGGCUCUGCAAACCCGCCUGUUAGAUCAAGCCCGGAGCCUGAUCAAAGAAAUGAUAACCAGUUAUCCCAGAAUGGUGUUGGUUCACAAAAUGGCCAAAAGAAACCAAUUGACUACUUCACUCAGUAUUUUGACUGGAAGACAUGGCAGGAUGUUGCCAACAUCACUGCUAAAACGUCUAAAAAGUCAAACCCAGUCACAGCCAAAGAAGUGUCUCAGUUUGUGGGAAUCCAUAUCGCCAUGGGGACAUUAAAGUUUCCUAGCACAAAGCUGUAUUGGGAGGACUGUACCCGAGUGCCUCUCGUUGCUGAUGCCAUGACAGCCUCCAGAUUCUCAGAGGUUCUCUCGAAACUAAGGCUUGCUGAGGAAGGCGAUCCCACACGGCUUCAGGGGAAGGACAAGGUUGUGUCUGCUACCAGUACUAUACAUCAGUCUACGGACCAUGAUUCACAAGUUUCAGAAACUGCAGAUGACCCACAUAAAGCCGGAAAAACAUGCAGUACACAGUCUCCAUUGAAAACUGACCCACUUAGCAGAGUACAUGUGUUGAUGGAAAAGGUUCAAAAGACAUGUCAGAGUCUCAAACGAGAGGGGAACCAUGGAGUCAGCCAGUACCCACUGCUGUUACAGCGACCCCCAGCCAAUCCUGUCCACUCACUGCACCAUACGGUCAUGUUGAGUACUUGUGGCUUGGUUGUGGACUUCAACUUGUGCUUGGAUGACUCUGACAGAGAAGAAACUGUUAAGAAAAUGGUCUUGUCUGGUCAAAACAGUGGAGAAGGGAUGGUGUUUCUCUGCAAGCCUGAGCUGUCCACUCCCUCCAUGCUAGAGCAGCUUCUAGAGGCUGGAGUGCAAAGCGCUGGCAAAGUUGGCGGGGCAAGGGGACAAGUGGGUGACGAGUUUGUGAGCUCAGAUGGCAAGCUGAAACUAUUUCGGUGCCAUCAUGGUUUUAUCCUCUCUGCUGCUGUAAAGGGACGAUCCCGUUCGACAUCUCUCGUCAGUGGUUUUGAGCGGGCACUUAAAGCAGCUAAGCUCAACCGAGAUUUGCGCAAGGCUUACCACACACCUUGCCUGUCAUCGUCUCCCACAGCCUGGCCACUGUCUGUUCUUUGGCACCUUACGGAUCUAGCACUGGUGAACUCAUGGCUACAGCACAGGGGCGACCGCAGCCACGAACAAGAGCCAUUAUCCCUCAUGGCAUUCCGACUAGAAGUCUCCAAAGCAUUGAUUCUGUCCAGCAGCUCUGAUGCCCAGGAUGCAACUCCUCCUCGACCACCUGCUCCAGAGAGACCCGAACAAGGUACAAUUCCAGGGUCUGCCUCCAUCAUUGAGACCCCACUUCCGGACAUAGCCAUUCGGUACGAUGGCAUAGGCCACUGGCCGGAACAAGUUGCGGAGGGAGAGGGAGCGAGGUGUCGAUUUGGAGGAUGUGAUCGGACAUCUCGGGUACGAUGUCUGAAGUGUUGUGUGUUUCUGUGCAUCUCCCGCAGUCACAACUGCUUUCUCCAAUUCCACAGCCAAGGGGCUCUAUAAGGUUCUGCAUUGAUUUAUCAUUGUGUGAAUGUUUGUGUGUGCGUUUAACAGCAUAUUCCAUGGUUCAUGCCUCUUACUGUUUGUCCUGUUCCUAUAGUAGCUGCUGCCUUAUAAUGAAAAUGUAAAGAAUGUUUUGCAAUGAAAUGAAAUAAAUCUGGACAGAGGCAGCACUCUUGUCUUUUCCAUAUAAUGAUUGAUUGAUUGGAGGAAAUCCCCCCCUUUUUCUGUUUCUGUAAUUAUUUUUUAUUUAUUUGCCUCUAAUGUUCCAUGAAUUAUUUAUAUUUUUAUAUACAUGUUGUUGUUGAAGUAAAAUAGCCAUAGGGUCUGAAUGUGUUUUUGAAUGUCAAAGAAAAUGUGUUUCCUGUGACUGCAGCACAAAAUGUUGAAAUAAUUCUGUGAAACAGUUUGACCCUCUUUUAAUUUAUAUUAAUUUAAAAUAAAUUCAUGUUACAAUC